GCUCCCCUGCCCCACCCGCAGGGUCGGGGACAGACGCUCGCGGAGACCGCGUGAGGCCCGCGGGAAGGGGAGACGGCGGCGAGACCUGCCCGGAUCAACCAUCUUCACACCUCACCUGGGAGGCGCCGGGGGCGGGCAGGGCCCGGAGACCGCCCGGGUCUGGAGUCCCUUGGGGUGAGGGGGAGGAGAGCGGGAAGGGGUGAUGCGACCCUCUGUCCCCGCCCCGGGGGCGGAGCCGAGUCCGAGCCUGCCUAGGGUGAGACCGGCCAAAAUCGGCCCCGGAUUCCCUCCUGGGCUGCUGCCUCCCCGCCCCCCGCCCGGGUUCGGGGAGACCCGACACCCCUUCCCCUGCCCGCGGCCCGCGGGACCCAGCCUUCCGGGUCCUCCGGCCCUCGGGGCUCUGCGUAGGUGCAGGGGCGCGGCUUACCCACCCCUCUCCCUGCCGAGCGCAUCCCACUGCUGCGGCCAUGGCGCGAGGAGAUGCGCCGCAGGACAGCUACCACCUGGUCGGGAUCAGCUUCUUUAUCCUGGGCCUGGGCACCCUCCUUCCGUGGAACUUCUUCAUCACCGCCAUACCGUACUUCCAGGGACGGCUGGCAGGGGACAACAGCACGGCUGAGACUCUAAGCACCAACCACACAGGCACCGGCUCCGCAGACGCCUUCAACUUUAACAACUGGAUGACACUGCUGUCCCAGCUGCCCCUGCUUCUCUUCACACUCCUCAACUCCUUUCUGUACCAGUGCAUCCCCGAGACUGUGCGGAUUCUGGGCAGCCUGCUGGCCAUCCUGCUUCUCUUCGCCCUGACAGCGGCACUGGUCAAGGUGGACAUGAGCCCCGGGACCUUCUUCUCCAUCACCAUGGCCUCCGUCUGGCUCAUCAAUUCCUUCAGUGCAGUUCUGCAGGGCAGCCUCUUCGGGCAGCUGGGCACCAUGCCCUCCACCUACAGCACCCUCUUCCUCAGCGGCCAGGGCCUGGCGGGGAUCUCUGCUGCCCUUGCCAUGCUCCUGUCCAUGGCCAGUGGCGUGGAUGCCCAGACGUCCGCCCUGGGGUACUUCAUCACGCCCUGUGUGGGCAUCCUCAUGUCCAUCGUGUGUUACCUGAGCCUGCCUCACCUGGAGUUUGCCCAGUACUACCUGGGCAAGAAACCAUCCCAAGCCAGAGCUCAUGAGCUGGAGACCAAAACUGAGCUCCUCCCGGCUGAUGAGAAGAACGGGAUUCCCAACAACCCCCAGAAGGCAGCCCUGACUCUGGAUCUUGACUCUGAGAAGGAGCCAGAGCCGGAGCCAGAGGAGCCCCAGAAGCCAGGAAAACCUUCUGUUUUAGUUGUCCUCCGAAAGAUCUGGCUGAUGGCGCUGUGCCUUGUGUUGGUCUUCACAGUCACCCUGUCAGUCUUCCCUGCUAUCACAGCCAUGGUGACCAGCUCCACCAGUCCCGGGAAGUGGAGUCGGUUCUUCAACCCCAUCUGCUGUUUCCUUCUCUUCAACAUCAUGGACUGUCUGGGACGGAGCCUGACCUCUUACUUCCUGUGGACGAGGACAGCCGGCUGCUGCCGCUGCUGGUCUGCCUGCGCUUCCUGUUUGUGCCACUGUUCAUGCUGUGCCACGUGCCCCGGAGGUCCCGGCUGCCCAUCCUGUUCCCCCAGGACGCCUACUUCAUCGUCUUCAUGCUGCUCUUUGCUGUGUCCAACGGCUACCUGGUGUCCCUCACCAUGUGCCUGGCGCCCAGGCAGGUGCUGCCGCACGAGCGGGAGGUGGCCGGUGCCCUCAUGACCUUCUUCCUGGCUCUGGGGCUCUCGUGUGGAGCGUCCCUCUCCUUCCUCUUCAAGGCUCUGCUCUGAAGCGGCCGCUCCGGAGUUCUCCCUGCAGCUGAGAUCCAGCGAGGAGGCGUGGAGAGCGGGCUCAGGCCUCUGCCAGGCUGGGGCCCCUCGGCUGGGGUUGCCAGGAGGCGGCGGGAGCAGCUCUCCGACCCGGGCAGGCAGCCACCCGAGGUGUUGAGAGGAAGAUUUGAUUCACCACGGGUCAUUCUAGCCCUCACCCAGGAGCAGAGCCGGCACGGCAGCGGGACAGACUUUGUCUGGACAUCCGGAAGAUGUCAUUGACUGGAAAGCAACAGGGAAAAGAGGGGCCUGGCCCGUGCCUUCUUCUCACCAGCAGGAUGGCAUCUGUUAAGCAUAAAAAGCCAACCUGCUGAUCACUGGGGGCCGUGCGGAGGGCUUGGCUGCUGGGGUCUGGGCCACAGGUUCAGAGUGGGAGGUGGGGGAGCCUGGAGCAGGAGUUUCUCCCCGCCCUGCCCCCAGUUGAGUCUCUGACCCCAGAGCAGAGGGUACCAGGAUGGUGAACGAAGGAGGAACAGGCAUCAGGGAUCUGAGGCUGCUCAAAGGACCCUGCACUGGGCCUCAAACAGUGUUUUUGUUGUCCCCUCCCCAAAGCCCCACUGGGUGAGGCUGGGUCCCAGAACCCUGGUUAGCCUGCAUGUGUGCACUGCACUUCACAGUAUGCAAAGCUCUCCCACACCCUCUCUCAAGUCAGCCUCACCGGGACCCUUGGAAGGAGCCAGGCAGGUCUUGUGCUCCCCAACUGUGCAGGUGAUGAAACGGAGACCGGGAUGGGGGCCGAGUGACCAGUCUGGUGACAGAGCUGGGACCCAGCCUCCCCCUCCCCGCUCCCAGUCGGUGCUGUUUCCCUUCCCACUGCCUGCUUCUCUUUUCCUCAGGGGGUGCAGGGCAGGAGGCCUAGGCAGUUACUCCCCCUUUUUGCUCCUCUGACCCUGCUUCAGGGUCCAAUAACAACCCCGUUCAUUUGUA